UCUCCAUUCUAUAAAAAUACUAAGGAGCUACAAUCAUAUAUAUAUAUAUAUCAAUGGCCGGUAGUAGUAGUAGUGGUAAGAGGAACAAUAAUCUGAGGAAGUUGGUGGGUGCAUUUGAAGAGCUGGCCGGCACAGUCAACUCGGCCGAUCCACACAUCAAAGCCAUCCAAUUCGCUCAUGCUUGUCGCCUCUUUGCUACCUCAAACUUCAACUUUGGGGUUGCUUUUAUGUUUGCUGAUGUCGAACUUCUAAACAAGGUGGAUAACGUAGAGAAAGCAGCACAAGCAGGUGAGACAAUCAAGAGAUUAGUGGAGCUAGAUGUUGAACAAGGUUCAGUUAAGGUCAACAGUGGCCCUUCCAGAAGCUUAAAUCGAUUAAAGCGAGUUGUUGAUUUGGCUCGAAUAUUCUUUGAGCAAGUCCUUGAAGACGACGAAGGAUCAGAUUCAAUAGCUGAGCCAAUAGGCAAAGCUUAUGACCAAGUGUUUGCUCCAUACCAUGGGCCCACUGUUAGGGAGGCUGUUGCUGUUGCAAAGUACUUUCUUCCAAACAAGUCCAGUCUUUGGAAUAUGCUUGACGAAGAUGAUGAAUCGAUAAAGGAGCCACUGGAAAAGUUUGUUGCUGCAUCAAAAGUUGUGACGCAAUACAUCGAGAGCAUCUUCCUAUCAAAUGAAGAAACUGCUGAGUUACUUAGGUUAAUUUGAUUGGAAGCAUAGCAGGUCGAUACAUAUAAAUAUAUAUAUAUAUAUAUAGCCUGCUUGAUAAAACUUGUCCUUUAAUAUAAUUUCGUGUUGAUUGUAAUUGGAAUUAUUAUAUUUAUAUUAUGUUUGAAAAUAAAUUGAUGAGUUAAAGGAGUGUGUAAAAAUUAUCUAUUACAAUUAGAACUGACCAAUU